AUGGCUUCAGGUUUGCUGAUAAAACGAGAAAAAACAGAAAACAUACCAGAUUUAAAAAAUUUAGUAAAAGAAAAAUUUACAGCACUGGAGAGCGAGAACAAUGACUCUGAUUUGCAAAGGAAUGAAAAAUAUUUGUAUUUUAAGGAUCAACUUAAAGAAAUGAGAAAACAAUUUCGUCAUCAAUCAGAUAAUAAUAAUGAGGACAUUGAAGAAAUCGAUGAAGAUAUAGCUGUGACUCAGAGUCAGAUGAACUUUAUUUGUCCCAUUACACAGAUGGAAAUGAAGAGGCCAGUUCGAAACAAAGUCUGCGGACACAUUUAUGAAGAAGAUGCCAUUCUAAGAAUUAUCGAGAACCGGAAGCAGCAGAGGAAGAAAGUGCGAUGCCCUAAAAUUGGCUGUAGCCAUGCUGAUGUAAAACAAGCAGAUCUUCUGCCAGAUGAAGCGUUUAAAAGAGCGAUUGACAGUCAGAAUAAACAAAGCUGGUCAACACUGGAGAAGUCAGCUGGAUAUGCUGCUGCCACAAUGAACAUUUCUUAG